AUGACUUCAUUUUUACAACGCAGUGCCUAAAAAACCUAACUAUCUCCUUCUAAAAGAAGCGCUGAAGAUGUUUUUUCUGAAUUCCGUAGUUUCCGUAACGAAACUAAGAGAAAGGCUGAGACUUCUCAUUCCAAGUUAAUUUUGGAGUCUCCUUAGUAAAGUGUAGGUGGUUACCAACCAUUCGCAUCUAAUUCAUUUGUCAGUGCAAAAAACACUACUUCAUAAGUAUUUUAACUAGGAGGUGGAUUUAUUCCUAACUCAAGACAUGCUUCUAACAUUUCUCCUAACAAGAAAGCAACCAUUGGCAUUUAAUAGCACUCUCCUUAGAAGUCAUACCUUUAUAAAGAGAAUUUACAUGAAUAGUGCCAAUAGCAUGCCUAGCACAAUUCAUAAUUUAAUCGUAGCGUAGUUAACCCAAUUGCAAGCGGAUUAGAUAAUUUGUAACGUGAAAUCAAAGAAAUUAGCUUCUCUAGUCACUUCAAUCACUAGAUUAACGCUGCUCGUCAAUAAAGCAGAAAGAAACUAGCAAAUUUGAGUCCUACAUAAAAAAGCAAUACUCCUCUUAUUUCAAGUUAAUAUAGUCCAGCUCGCUCUAGCACUCUCAAUUUGUUUGGCAGAUAGUAAAAUUCAAAGAUUUUUGAAUCUGCUUAAUAACAGCAAGUUCAAAUACCAACAAGCGGAUUAUCUUCUUUAUAUGCAUCAAGCCAAUUAUAAAAUUAAUCUCCCUUCAAAAGAAGAAACUCAUAGCAACCAAGAAGUUUGAAUAUCUUCAAUUAAAAAGUAAUAAGCUACUCUCCUACCAGAUAUUCCUAAAAGCUAUUCAGUCCUAACAGACUUGUUAAGCGCCUUGGUUCCCCUGUUGAUUCUCAGUUCCAAGACUUUGAAUAUCCUGCCACUCAAAACAGCCCAUAAAUCAAUGUCAAGGGAACAAAAUCAGCAUUAACAACUUAAAUUCCUGGGUCUUCUUCCCUAGGAUCAGCAGCCUUCAACUUAAAGAGAUCUAACUCAGCAAGUGGAAACAGCUUAAGUCAAUUAUUGAACCAAACAAAAAAUAAAAUUAAAAGCAAUGGAAUGGGUUAUAAUUUAUCUCCUAAACCCUCUUUUGCAAACAGAGUUACCAACAAUACCUAAAUUAAUUUGAACAACUCCUCAUUCUUAUCUCCUAAUUCUAAGAACUAGGAAAUAUUCGGUUUCUCUAAAACUGCCUAUCUCGUUGACAAAAGAGCUCAUGAUUUAGAGGAUUAUCUCAGCACUUUAAGCAAUUCCGAUUUCAGCUCUCUUCCUAGAGAAAACGUCGAAUCCCUUAUUAAAUUGUCUUCUGUGAUAAUGUCUAAAGUGAAAGGUUCUACUUACUACAGAGGUAGUAUUUUCUGA